AUGGUUAAAAAAAAGUUACAAGUGGCACCAGUUACCGAGAAGAUAAAGGAAUCCAGACUAAGGUGGUUCGGACAUGUGAUGCGUCGACCCGAAAACCACGUUGUGAAAAAGUGCCUUUCCAUGGCUGCAGCAAAGGGAGGAAGGGGCAGGCCAGUAACUACCUGGCUGACGAAUGUCCGGAGAGACAUGAAGGAGUUGGGCCUGUCCAGUGACGACGCAUAUCAGCGAACAAACAAAAUAAAAUUUACUAUGGAGUUGGAAAAAGACUGUUCUCUCCCCUUCUUAGAUGUAUUGGUAAAAAGAAAUCCUGAUAACACCCUAGGUCGCACUGUGUAUAGGAAACCUACUCAUACUGAUAGGUACUUAAAUGGCAAAUCGCAUCACCAUCCCAGUCAACUUGUUACAGUAGGCAAAUCUUUGUUUCAGAGAGCCCAGAGGAUAUGUGAUGACCAGCAUCUGGCCGCGGAGCUCCAGCAUGCCAGGCGCGCGCUCCAGGCAAACGAGCUCAGGAUACCGCGGGUCAACCAGAGGUCCCACAUUAAGAUCCCCACAGUUGAGCGCAGGCCUGCCAUUCUGCCUUUUGUCAGGGGGGUCACGGACAGGAUCAGCCACAUCUUGAAGCGUGCUUCUAUAAAAACAUAUUUCAAGCCAAUGAAGAAGAUGUCACAAUUCCUGAGGCCUGUAAAAUGCAAUACCCCUCUACAGACUGCAGGAGUGUACAGGCUGGACUGUGAGUGUGGCCUAUCAUAUGUCGGGCAGACGAAACGGAGCAUUUCCACUCGGGUGAAGGAACACAUAGCUGAUGUCAAGCACCGUCGACCUAGGUCUGCUGUCUGUGAGCAUGUCAUGGAUAAAGCCAAUCACUCAAUCAAGUUUGAUAAGCCUCUGGUUCUUGCCAAGGAGAAGCGUUACAUACCCAGAAUGCUGCGCGAGGCCAUUGAGAUUAAGAAAUAUCCAAACUUUAAUAGGGAAGAUGGCUUUUCUCUACCACCAGCUUGGGAUCCUGUAGGUGGAUAA